ACGUAACAAAUAACCAAAAGCUUUGCGCAGAAAACUAAACAAAACAACGAUAAGAAUAAUAACACAAAAAAACUACAUAUAACAAAUACAAAAAACAUGAAGAUUUCUACUCUUCCGCACACUCACCCAUCCCCUUCGGUUCGGUAACCAGAUCAAUAUACCAAACGUCUUAACAAACACUUCUGCAAAUGUUAUUCUGAGAAUAACGUCAUAUAAUACAACCCCACACCUACUGCGAACCCCGCGCAACAGUACAUAUGCUAGAACAACAAGAGCAACAAUAUAACAACCAUCAUAGCAAAACGCAACAGAACACAAAAGUUGUUUGUCAUUUACGAGUUGGUAGAGCUUUUGGCAGCACAGAACUUCUGUUUCGAACAAAAUGACAACAUCCGCCCCUGCAACAAACACUACAACUCCAGUGACUAUCACUAAUUCAAACAACAAUAACAAUGCAACAGAAACGCCUAAUACGAACACUAGUACUGCAGCGCACACUGUUCAGCAGCAACAGCAGCAGCAACAACAACAGCACCAGCAAUCAACAACGCGUGCCGCUGAUGAAGACUUCAACAUAAGAUUUGUUAACUUGGUACGCACACAUAAAUGUCUUUAUGAUAAAAAAGUACCAGAAUAUCGCAAUAGAGAUAAUCAGGAAAAAUCCUGGUCGCUCAUAUCUCAGGAAACUAGAGAAAGUGUUGUUCAUUGCAAGGAACGUUGGCGGAAUUUGCGUGCGUGUCUAUCUCGAUAUAUAAAACAGCAAAACAGCACCGACCCACAGCACAAGCCUUAUUAUCUAACAGAGCACAUGGCUUUUUUAUUACCCUUCCUUAAAUCCACUAGAAGUUGCUUUGAGUCUGGUAACAACAAUAUUUCUGCAUUCUUACAAAUGUCUUACCAACAACAACAAAUAGCACAGCCUUCAAUAGCAUCACUGCAAAUGGUUUCGACACCAAAACUCAGAUUACCAAACGAAAUGAAACAUUCCUAUUCUGAAAAUGAUGAUGAAGAAACUGCUGAUGCAUUUGAACCACAUAUAGAAGCUGCCCUUAAUAUGCAACGCGGCUUGACUGCACGAUCACCUGCUCCAAGUGAUACCGCAAGUGCCAUUACACUUCAGAAUUUUAUACCAGAUGUACAAUUGGCUGAAUUACGUACGCCUGAGAUGGUACAGGAUUUGCCAUACGUUUCAUCAAUGCAAAAUCAUAUGAUACGACGAGAUUCGCAUGACGGAUUGCAUGAACCAAAACGAAUUAAAACAGAAUGUGAAGCUACAACUACAGCUAACCUAGCAUAUAUCACCGACAACUCAGAUAUGGACUUCUUCCGUAGUAUUUUACCGGAUAUAGCGGCUUUAACUCCUCAACAAAAACGAAAGUUUAAAAUUGGUGUAUUGGAAUUGAUAGAUGAUGUAGUUGAGAGGUUUCCCUUUGAAAGGGAAGGAUGUACGCAACCUAACAACAACGACAGACGACGAAUAUCGGUACGGGAUUGGCGAAAAUAAAAUUUGAAACUGUUUAUUUUAUUUUUGUAAAUAUUAAGUUAUGU